AUGGGUAAUAUUGUUGUAUAUGAUGGAUGUAAAAGACAGGUACCAAAUUUUCCCUGGAAACCUUUCCCAGAAUUUGCAUCUCCAGAAGUUGUCGCUUUAGAGAUUACAGAAGAAGAUGAUAGCCGUCUCGAUGACACCACCAGUUAUGCUCCAGAUGCCGGAAGAGUAGUCCUAAAACUAGAUCCAGUUCCCAGCGUAUCUGAUUGGAGGUCUCAGACUCAGGAUUUGUUAUGGUGGACUUAUGCUCAAUUUAUGCCUGGUGAUGACUCACAGUUACUCACCAGUGUUGGCGUGUAUGUACCAAGACCAGGUAGAACAAUAACUGGUGCACAUAGACAUGUGCAAGGACGGAUUAGUUUAUGGAAUCUAAGCACACAACCAGCAGAUUCCACAUUGCUAUGUCAGCGGGGAAGUGCAACCUGGCCACACUGUCAGGUUUCGCCAGAAUCAAAGUAUCUAUGCUAUAUAGGAAGAGGAGAAAUGGUUACACAGAGUCUGAAAGACGCUCACAGGGAUGUCAAACGACGAGACCUACGCAUGGGCAAUUUCCGCUUUUGUGCAGUUGCACCGAAUGGCCAGUUUGUGGCGAUACUGAUGAGAGUCGGAAACAACUUUGAGCUGGCUACUGCAUAUUUGCCUGAUUUACGCUCCAAUGAAGCAGUCUUUUGUCACAACAUCUGCCCGAAUUUUGUCGGCACCGCCAAUUAUUCAGAUCAUGUGGAAUGUACGUUUUCACCGAAUAGUAAAUUUAUUGCAGUUAGUUCAUCAUUCGGUAAACUGUUUGUAGUGAAGAGAGAUGGACUAGCACUGUAUAGACUCGUCACCCCAGGUCUUGUAUCUCUAAGUAAAGGGUUAUUGGAGGAUGCCAGAACGUACGACUUUGAUCCUCGGUAUAAUUACAAAAUGCUGGCAUUUUCUACCUCAGACAAACAUCUCAGGGUAUUCAAUCUGGAAACCGAACAGUGUGUGCUUGAUGAGGAACUCCCGAUUGAUGUUGGGGCAGCAGAAGUCUUGAAAUACACACAUGAUGGCAAUCUUCUUGCCGUAGCAACGAUCAGCACUGAGAUUCUAAUGUACAACACUGAGAGUGGUAUCAUUACUUACAAACUGAAUCCAGAUACACAGGAUCCAAAAUAUGGCAUGGGAGCAAUGCCUAAUGGCUACCCGUGUAUAAUCCGACUCUCAUUUAGUCACAGUGGUGAACAACUUGCAGUGUGUAGUGCAGAUGGCUACAUUCGAAUAUGGCAGCUGCCUCGGUUCUUGAACUUGCAACAUUUCUGUCGUUUGACAAUUCUACGUCAUUUUCCGGCUAACAAAGUAUAUUCUUUGCCUCUGCCAUCUAAAUUAGUUAGUUAUAUCCUUUACAACCCAACCAGGUGA